AUGGCAGAUUUUACCUCAGAAUAUCUGUCAGACAGCCAGUGUUCGUCCCGCCGCUGGAUCACGNAGCGUAGAUCGGGGAGAUCACGUCGUCGUUCAAGCGAUGAAGAUGAUGACGAAUCUGACGCUGGGGGCAAAUGUGAAGAUGACGAUUCAGAUUAUAAUCCGGCUGAUGAGUACGAUAACGGACGAGGUCGACAACUUCGUCGCAGUGCGCGCAAACAGCGUGCUGCUCGUCUCGAUCCGGAUUUCGUUGCUGACUUCGACGACGAGGAUGAGGAUGAAGGUGACACAGCAGGGCGUCGAGAACGUCGACGAAAUCGUCGCUCGGACGAUGACGACAAUGCGGCAAGUGGUAAUGAUGACGAGAUUGACGAUGAUGAUCUGGAAUCUGGUCCUCAACCACGAGUCCGCCUACCUCCGCCGCGUAUCAUUCGCUUGCCACAACUUGACGGCGCUACCGAUUCUGUCACUACCAGUGACGAGGAUGCUGAGGUCCAAAAAUCCCCACUAACAGAAGAUACUCUGAAGUCGGAUUCCCAGCCGCAGAGUGCUUCAAAUGGAUCUACACCUCCAAAAAUUCCGUGCCUCGACAAUGCCAACCAGUUCAUCUCAAAGCCAAACGUGCUUGCACCGAAAACCCCGGCGAUAAUAAAUCGCAUUGUCCGACUAGUGCGUUCGGUUGACCAGCCAAAUCCAACAAAUUGUGGGUCAAAUGUUGUUCUUUCACAUCCAGAAAUCGAGUCCGAAACAGGAUCCACUGGUGCUUCUUCGACUGCUGUCAUCGCAGAGGGAAGCAAAGUCACCAUGGAAGGAUUACGAUUCGUCAUCAGUUCGACUAGUGCAUUGAAUACCCAGGCGUCAUCUGCGUCAUCAUCCUCGACCACAGCGGAUACCACAACUAAUGCGUCUGGUUCCACAGCCGGAUCCGUGGUCGUCAAUCUCCCAGCUGGGUUCCGAUUAGUAUCAAUGAAUUCCAACCCGACUGCAACCACCUCAUCCACAGCCACUGGGGCUAAUGGUACCCCAAUACGCGUAGUUGGCAAUAAUCUGAUCCGGCCUCUGGCUACUGUUACCACCACUGCAUCCGGCACAGCUACGGCUUCUGUUACCGUGACUGGAUCAAACACCGUUCGAUUAGUUUUACAACCAAGCUCAAUCAGCUCCACAAGCUCUAAUGGCGUUCAGAACAUCACCGUAGUUCCCGUAUCCGGACAACAAGCUGAAAGUGGUUCUCAAGUCAUUAGCACAUGCGGUUCGACAACCACAAGUGCCACAAUCUCGAGUGAGUCCGGGGAUACAGGAUCCAACUCAACUUCACGUUAUCAACCAGCUAUUUUACGCCGUACGCUCACGGGAGCCCCUUCCGGGGAACUUAAAUCUGGAGAAUUUCGCCUGUUUACUAUUCCGCAAACUCAAUCUAUUGCCAGCUUAGUAGCUACAAAUACGGCUAGGAAAAUGGCUGCGGGAAUUCGCGACGGAACCGGAGACGCGGGUGAAUCGGUCGGACGUCACACCAGCAAUAAGGUUGCCUCCCGCUGCACACCGUUAAUUGAAGAUCGAGCUCUCCCCAACGCGCAGCGACCAUUACCUUCACGUAUCCUUCCGAGAGGAAUAACUGUUCCACAUGGUCUGAUGAACGUCCCCAUCGGUAUGGUUGUUCAGUCGAGCGAAAAUUUUCUUGCGCUAGAGCGUGCUGUAACCGAUGCUACUGCUCGGCUGAACAAAAUUGAUUCCGAAGCGGUGGAAGUUAAAAAACAGCUCUUCGAAGUGGAACAGAAACUCAAGCAAAUGACUUCGCGUCUUUCCCACUUGCGUAACGUGAAAGAAGUUGCGGACCGAGCACCUUCUGCUCCGUACUCCCUUCUUCGUAAACGCAAAGAACUAAUUCAGCAGGAUUCGAUAGCCAGUGGAAAAGUCGGUGGUCUGGGGGACGAUCAGUCUAAUCUAGAGCGUCCCACGGAUGAAGAUCACGUUUUGCUGCCCGCUGAACUUCCUCCGGUGAAUACUUACCUUUGGCCUCCACUCGACUGGCCCGAAGACAAAAAGCGGGGUUUCCCGAGUGUUUCGAGCUUGUUCCGAUGGCAUCCGAAAAAUUUACGCAGUCUAAUCUUAGCCGCGGGGCGUCGAGAACUUCCCGGGUUCGAUGCGGAGAAGAAACGACUGGUGCAGGUGAGUGAAAACUACACAUUCUUUUUGCUUUUCGCGGUUUACUCUUUGUUGACAUGA